CACCGGCUAGCUACUUCACUUCCAUUGGACACAGCGUCCUCCUUUUUCUUCUGUGCCGCUUACUUACGCCACCACUACUGCCACCGCUCUCCUCUCCUCUUUAUAUUUAUAUAUAUUUGCACCGAUCGAUCGCCACUAGCCAGGCAGAAAUAUUGGCUGCAACUUCAACAACCAGAUCAUCAGAUCACGUAGCAAGAAUAGUUUCAGAAUUCAGAGAGAGAGAGAGAGAGGUGAUUGAUGGGCAGCUCAUCAGGGCUAGUGGACUGGAGGGGGAGGCCGGUGGACACCAAGAAGCAUGGAGGUGUCAGAGCAUCCAUCUUCAUCCAUGCGAUGGUGCUGUUGACCAACGCGCCCAACAUCGCCAACAUGAUGAACAUGGUGAGCUACCUGCGGGGCACCAUGCACAUGGGCGUGGCGCAGGCGUCGACGACGGCGAGCAACUACUUCGCCGCGCUGCAGAUGUUCUCCAUCCCGGCCGCCUUCCUCGCCGACUCCUACCUCAAGCGCUUCUACACCGUCCUCCUCUUCGCGCCUAUCGAGAUCAUAGGCUACAUCCUUCUAGCAGUUCAAGCGUACACCACCUCGCUGCACCCGCCGCCGUGCAGCCCGGCGGCCACGGCGGCGAGCGCCACCACCACCUGCGAGCCGGUGCGCGGCGCGAACCUGAGCCUGCUGCUGCUGGGGCUGUACCUGAUCCCGAUCGGCGACGGCGCGGCGAGGGCGUGCCUGCCGGCGCUGGGCGGGGACCAGUUCGACCUGGGCGACCCGGACGAGCAGCGGCAGGAGACGAGCUUCUACAACUGGUACACCUUCGCCGUCUCCACCGGCGGCUUCGUCGGCCUCGUCUUCAUCGUGUGGGUGCAGAACAGCAAGGGGUGGGGCGUCGGCUUCGCCGUCUCCGCCGCCUUCGUCGCGCUCGGCUUGCUCGUCUGGGCCGCCGCCUUCCCGCUCUACCGGAACCAGCUGCCGAUGGGGAGCCCCAUCACAAGAGUAUUGCAGGUUUUUGUAGCGGCAUUCAAGAAAAGAAACGUCCGGUUGCCGGAGAAUCCCAGCGAAUUGAAGCAAAUUAACCAAGAUGACGAUGCCAAUGCCCACGAAGUUCUCCCCAAAACAGAUGGAUUUCGAUUUUCAUUGGCUUGCAGGUGCUUGGAGAAAGCGGCAGUGGAAACUGGCAAUGACGCUGGGCCAUGGUCUCUGUGCAGCGUGACCCAGGUGGAGGAGACCAAGAUCGUGCUGCGCAUGGCGCCCAUCUUCGUGGCCGCUGUUCUCAGCUACAUCCCGGUGCCGCUGCUCCUCAGCCUCACCGUGCAGCAGGGCAACACCAUGGACACCAGGCUCGGCGCAGUCCACAUCUCGCCGGCGACGCUGUUCCUCAUCCCGACCGUCUUCCAGAUGGUCAUCCUCAUCAUCUACGACCGCGCCAUCGUGCCGCCGCUGCGCAGGCUCACGGGCUACGUCGGUGGAGUCACCCACCUCCAGCGGAUCGGCAUCGGGUUCGUCGCUACUAUCGUUGCCACCGCAAUCGCCGCGGUGGUGGAGACGAGGAGGAAGAUGACCGCCGAGGAGAGCGGGCUAGAGGACGCCACCACUGGGAUCCCGCUGUCCGUGUUCUGGCUGACGCCGCAGUUCUUCCUCAUUGGCAUUGUCGACGUCACCUCCUUCGUCGGGCUCCUCGAGUUCUUCUGCAGCGAGGCGUCCAUGGGGAUGAAGUCCAUCGGCAGCUCCAUCUUCUACUGUAUCCUCGGUGUAUCAGCAUGGCUCGGCAGCCUUCUCAUCCAGGUCACGAACCGUGUCACCCAGCGAACCAACGGCGGAGGGUGGCUGGAUGGGGCCAAUUUGAACAAGGGCAAGCUCGACCGGUUCUAUGUCGUCCUCUGCAUCAUCGAGGUGGUGGCGCUGGUGAUCUACGUGUUCUUCGCGAGGAGGUAUGUAUAUAGGAAUGACCAGAGGGUUGUGGCCCAAGAGCAGAGGAAGGGUGACACGGGGAAUGGUAUGGCUGUGAUCUAAACUUGAAAUGAAAUGAGUCGUGUUUAUAUUUACAUGGAUGUAACGAUAUAUAUGGUAGUAAUAGUAAAUAAUUUGGUGGUACGAGGAGAAAUGGAGGAACUUCAUUGUGAAAUUUAAUAAGACACUAUCCAGGAGAAAGAAAAUCAAUGUAGAUUUCCAGAGACGGUGGAAAAAAAAGGAAUGCAGACGUGCCGUGCUAAAGAUAGAGCAUGGUGUGGGUCGCACAAGGAGGUCCAAAACGGUUUA